CUGGCGGAAGCUCUGAGUAAAGUUUGUGUCAGUCUCGGGAUGGGGAUUGUGUGUGAGUCCGCCAGGUGCCCGGUACCGGCCCGCGGGGACAGCGUCUGAUCUCCGGCCCGGUGUACUCGGUGUGCUCCCGGGAGAGCGCGGGCGGCCGCCAUGUGGGACCCGCAGGAGUUCGAGCAGCACUGGCAGGCGGAGUUCCCCGGGGAGGCGGCUCCGGUGAUGCGGCUGGGCUCGGUGGAGGAUGCCCGGCAGGAGCUGGAGCGCUGCCGCCUCAACAUGAAACGGCUGCAACAGGUGCUGGCCGAGGAGAGGUUCAAAGUGCUAUACCUGGAGAGCGCCCUGUCCCGGGGCCCCAGACCCACCCCCCGGCCCCGGGGUAAACCCCAGCCACCCCCACCGCCCCCCAGGGCACCGGAGAGACAUCCCCCGGAGACACCGGAGAAACAGCCCCCGCCGGCCCCGGAGAGACAGCCCCCGCCGGCCCCGGAGAGACAGCCCCCGCCGGCCCCGGAGAGACAGCCCCCGCCGGCCCCGGAGAGACAGCCCCCGCCGGCCCCGGAGAGACAGCCCCCGCCGGCCCCGGUGAGACAGCCCCCGCCGGCCCCGGAGAGACAGCCCCCGCCGGCCCCGGAGACAGAGCUCCCCAGGGUCCCGGAGACAGAGCUCUCCGUCCCAGAGACAAUCGAGGAGGACCCGGACUAUGAGGACGAGAAUGGAGGAACCGAGCGAUUUGUGUUUGAGAACCUGAUCCAAAACGAGGAGCCUCUCCGGGGGCCCCAGAGAGACCUGCUACAGGUACCGUGGAAAGAGUCCCCUAGACACAGCUCACCGGAGAGGAGCAGCAACGGCGACCUGAGUUCGGACCGGGAGGAAGAAGACUUAGUAGAUUUUAAUUACGGCACAGACGGCUACGACGCAGAAGGGAAUGAGGAGCAGAAAGGCUCCUGCGAAGGCUCGGAAACUAUGCCAUACAUCGACGAGUCGCCCACUAUGUCUCCACAACUCAGUGCCAGGAGCCAAGACAGCGUGGAUGGGGUCUCACCAACUCCAACAGAGGUGCUGCUCCCUGGGGGUGAAAGUGAAUCGGACAAGGGGCUGUUGAUGAGAAAGCUUGUCCUCUCUGGCGUCCUGGCAAGUGAAGAGAUCUAUAUAAAUCAACUUGAAGCGCUGCUGUUGCCCAUGAAGCCGUUGAAGGCCACCGCAACCACAUCUCAGCCUGUGUUAACCAUGCAACAAAUAGAUGCCAUUUUUUACAAGAUUCAGGACAUAUAUGAGAUCCAUAAGGACUUCUAUGACAACCUGUGUCCUUGUGUUCAGCAGUGGGACAACAAGACGACUGUUGGUCACCUAUUCCAGAAGCUGGCCAGCCAGCUGGGAGUAUACAAAGCCUUUGUGGAUAACUAUAAAUGUGCUUUAGAGACAGCUGAAAAAUGCAGCCAGUGCAACGUCCAAUUUUAUAAAAUCUCAGAGGAUCUGAAGGUGAAAGGCCCUAAGGAUUCAAAGGAGCUGCCAACAUCUGUUACCAUGGAAGCAUUGCUGUACAAACCAAUAGAUCGCGUGACCCGUAGCACACUUGUUCUCCAUGAUCUCCUUAAACACACACCCACUGAUCACCCAGACUACCCCCUACUCCAGGAUGCACUUCGUAUUUCCCAGAACUUUCUGUCUAGUAUCAAUGAGGAUAUUGAUCCCAGGAGGACCGCUGUCACAACACCAAAGGGAGAGACACGACAGUUGGUGAAAGAUGGAUUCAUGGUGGAGUUAUCCGAAAACUCUCGCAAACUACGGCAUCUCUUCCUGUUUACAGACCUCCUCCUUUGUGCCAAGCUCAAGAAGGCAGCUGUGGGGAAGCAUCAGCAGUAUGAUUGCAAGUGGUACAUUCCUCUUGCAGACCUGGUGUUCCCUUCCCCUGAGGAGUCGGAGCCCAUCCAUCAGCUCCAUGCUACCCCUGACCAUGAGAUCGAAGAGAUGAAAGCAAAGAUAUCUGUUCUGAAAAGUGAGAUACAGAAAGAAAAGAAAUCCAAUAAAGGUUCCAGUCGUGCAAUCGAGAGACUAAAGAAGAAAAUGCAUGAAUAUGAGUCCUGGCUCCUCCUUUACUCUCCUACCAUCCCCUUUCGAAUCCAUAACAAGAAUGGCAAGAGUUACCUCUUCCUACUGUCAUCUGAUUACGAGAGGUCUGAAUGGAGGGAAGCUAUCCAGAAGCUUCAAAAGAAAGAUCUCCAAGCCUUUGCACUCAGCUCUGUUGAACUUCAGGUUCUUACCGGGUCCUGUUUCAAACUGCGAACAGUUCACAAUUUCCCCAUUAUCAGCCAUAAGGAUGAUGACGAAUCUCCUGGACUGUACGGGUUUCUUCAUGUGAUCGUUCACACUGCCAAAGGAUUUGACCAUUCUGCCGAUCUUUACUGCACACUGGAAGUGGACUCAUUUGGGUAUUUUGUCAAUAAAGCCAAAACUAGAGUCUUUCGUGACACCACAGAGCCCGAGUGGAAUGAGGAGUUUGAAAUUGAACUUGAGGGGUCUCAGUACCUGCGAAUCCUCUGUUAUGAAAAGUGCUACGAUAAGAGCAAGCGCAAUACAGAUAACAAUGAGAUUAUGGACAAGAUCAUGGGCAAGGGGCAAAUCCAGUUGGAUCCUCAGAGUGUACAAAGCAAGAACUGGCACGUGGAUGUGAUCGAGAUGAAUGGGAUCAAAGUUGAGUUUUCCAUGAAGUUCAGUAGUCGGGAUAUGAGCUUGAAAAGAACACCCUCCAAAAAACAAACCGGGGUUUUUGGUGUUAAAAUCAGCGUGGUGACAAAGCGGGAGAGAUCCAAGGUGCCAUAUAUCGUGCGUCAAUGUAUUGAGGAAGUGGAGAAACGGGGCAUUGAGGAGGUUGGAAUUUAUAGAAUAUCUGGAGUGGCUACGGAUAUUCAGGCUUUGAAAGCUGCAUUUGAUGCAAAUAAUAAGGACAUUCUCAUGAUGCUGAGUGACAUGGACAUCAAUGCCAUAGCAGGGACAUUAAAACUUUACUUCCGUGAGCUGCCAGAACCUCUCCUUACAGACAGGCUUUAUCUUGCUUUUAUUGAAGGAAUAGCUCUGUCUGACCCAGCAGCCAGGGAAAACUGUAUGAUGCACCUUCUGCGAUCUCUACCCGACCCUAAUCUAAUGACUUUCCUCUUUCUGCUUCAGCACUUAAAAAGAGUUUCAGAGAAAGAAUCGAUUAACAAGAUGUCACUCCAUAAUUUGGCAACUGUGUUUGGCCCAACAUUACUGAGACCUUCCGAGGUGGAGAGCAAAGGUCACACGAACUUGGCGUCUGACAUCUGGUCACACGAUGUGAUGGCACAGGUCCAGGUUUUGCUGUACUACAUGCAGCAUCAACCAAUCAGCUUCUCUGAGCUGAAGAGGAACACGCUGUACUACUCUACAGACGUGUGAAAGCAUAUCUCCCCCAGCCGGGAGACGAUCAGGGCAGCUCAACUCCUGUGUAUAUAUCACAAGAGACAUUCCAAGGGCAGAGGAGAGCACAGAAUUGAGAGAAAGCUGGUGGCUUGGGAGCGCCCCCAUAACUUGCUUGCGUGCGUUUCUUGAAUCCUUUUGUACAGAAUUAGAAAUGUGGAAGCAGAAAUGAAUGAACCAGCACUGUGCUCCCAAUGUAACUAGUUGUAUUUUGUAUAUCGGUGUUCAGGCAUUAUUUUAUGUAGAAGCAAGAGACACAGGUGGACGUGGCCUGCGAAGAUCUGUUACGUUGCUCUGUGUGACAGCCCCAUGGGAACUCUUUAAACGCUGCACACCUUCGGCCUCUCAAUCUGCCACAUUCAUGAACUCUGUGCUAGAAUUUCCAACCUGAAUUGUAGCUUGAAAAGAAUUCUUCACUUGUAGGACAACGAGGGCCAAAGAUGCAGAGUUCGGGGUUUUAGCUAGCCCUUACUGACAGCAAACGUACCGUACAGAUACUCAGCACUGCCACACAGUUUGCCUCACACAAUGUGAGUGGACCUUCGGUCCUAAUAUUUUUAAAUAUAAAUAGAUGCCAUGACAUUCUCUUUUCUUCAACCUAUUGUGACUGAAAUUAGUCCCAGUGCUUUCUGGUCUUUUCAUUAUAAUGUUUUAUUCUGGUGGACAUGUGACUUGUGAUUUGCUGCUUACGAGAGGUGGUACGUUUCUAUUUAUAUGCCAGGCUUGGGAAAAUGACUAGCAUCUCAGAUGUACAGCACUUGGAUAGAGGAGUCUGCUUUGUAUCAUGCGGUAAAUAAAAGAAAUCCGUUGUCACAAUGGUAACAAAAAUAAUCUCUCUAAAGAACUGCUGAGAAUUUAAAAUUGUGUACAUUAAAAAUGAUGUUGGCUACUA